AUGAAAUCCCAAGUGUCAUUGAUUGCGGACCGACCCAAGGUCGAGACGGUCGACACCAUCAACCUGAUGCAGCUUCACCAGAACCGUACCCUUCCCAUGCACAACCACAACCAUAAUCGCAACGGCACAGUUGGGCCCAACGGACAGGUCUCGUCGGACGAUUGCUCGAAUGCCCAGCCCACCAACAACCGCCGCAAGAAGGCCAGUCGAGCUUGCUUCCACUGCCAGAAGGCCCAUUUGACUUGCGAUGACGCGCGUCCAUGCCAACGGUGUGUGAAGCGUGAUCUGGCUGGGUCCUGCACUGACGGGGUGAGGAAGAAGGCCAAGUACCUCCAGGAGUCUCAGCAGCGGGCUGCUGAGCAGGCCAAGCUUGAACAACAACAGCAGCAGCAACAGGCCCAGACGACGACCAUUACUCGAGAAUCGCCUCUGGACGAUGCGCAAGCACUGUUCGGUUUCCCUCAUGUCACUUCGUCUAUCACCACUGCCUCCUUGUCGUCGUUAUCCUCCUUAACUGCUGCUGCCUCUGUCAAGGCCACUUCACCUCUUUUGCCACUUCUUUCACUCUCCUCACCCACCAACAGUCGGUCCUCCUCCCCCACACUCUCGACCACUUCUUCCUCUUGUAUAUCAUCCACCUCUUCUACUUCUACCCUCGUCCCCGACUACGGCUUUGAAUCCGAAGCCUUGAACCUCGAGUACUCGAUUCUGUCGACGAUGCUCUCCUCUCCAACAGCCGAGCUUCAGUCGAUGACUUCGGAAAUGUCUAUGGUUGAGAACUGGCAGCGCCAGGGUGCUCUUGAAGCCAUGGCCAAUUCGCUCCAGCAGCAGCAUCAACAGCAUGGUCAUUUGCAGCGUGUUGCUGCUUUGUCGCACAACCAUAACAACAACAACAACAACAGCAAGGUCAACAUUACUACCAACAACAACCACCUGCAGCAGCAACAGCAGCAACAGAGUGUCACUGGACUCUUUGGCAACCAGAACAACAACAUCAACUCUCAUUCGAACCGUGUCAGCAAGCGCAAGUUCCCGAGCAAUACUCCCGAGAAUGUCUAUGCCAACACCAAGGCGCCCUUCAACUACACCGAGGGUUUCCAUUAUCUCCUGCGAUAUGUCCGCGAAAGGAUGGACAAGGAGGAGAUGAUGCGCGUCUGCCGUGCCAUGGCCAUGUUCCGCCCUUCCUUCAUUGCCUUGAUCAUGAACCUCACCCCCGAGGACCUCAUCUUCAUGGAGACCUGCUUCCAACGCACCGUCCUCGAAUUCGAGAAGCUUAUCAGCUUUUCAGGAACUCCCACAGUCGUCUGGCGUAGGACGGGCGAGAUUGCACUAGUCGGCAAGGAGUUCUCGCUGCUCACCCAGUGGUCGCGUGACCAACUCUUCAACAAAAAGACCUACAUCUACGAGCUGAUGGACAACCAGUCUGCAGUCGAGUACUGGGAAAAGUUCUCGACCCAUGCCUUUGAGAAUACGGAGCAGACCGUCAUGACGACAUGUAUCUUACUCAGUCCGACGCAGAGGGUUGUGCCGUGCACGUUCUGCUUUACGAUCAAGAGGGAUAUCUUUGAUAUCCCCUUGGCCAUCGUGGGGAACUUCUUGCCGAUCCUUUCGUAA